CCCCUCGGUUCGUUUCUUCGUAUAGACAUCUUUUCAAUUUUUAGCAACAAUCUUUCUUUUUUCCUUUACAAAAACAUCUUUUCUAUUCUUCCAUUGCAAACAGACUAGUAAAAGGAAAGCGAUUUCAAUCUUCGAUUCUCCAAGAAACCUUUUGAUUCGAACGUUUCGCUUUGUUCAAUCACUCAACCCUAAAAAAUAAAGAUUGAAUUUGUUCUGUGAUUGAUCAAUUCGGGAGUAAAGAAGAAUAUAUAAAGAAUGGGAGCGUUUAUGUCAAGAUUUUGGUUCAUGAUGUUUCCUGCAAAAGAGUAUAAGAUUGUUGUAGUUGGAUUGGAUAAUGCUGGAAAGACAACUACUCUAUAUAAAUUGCAUCUUGGAGAAGUUGUUACUACACAUCCAACUGUUGGGAGUAAUGUUGAAGAACUUGUUUAUAAGAACAUUCGAUUUGAGGUGUGGGAUCUUGGUGGUCAAGAACGGCUGAGGACAUCCUGGGCUACAUACUAUCGUGGUACUCACGCAGUGAUAGCAGUAAUCGACAGCACUGACAGAGCUAGAAUCUCCCUAAUGAAAGAUGAGCUUUUCAGGCUGCUUCAACAUGAAGAUCUUCAACAUUCGGUCAUUCUCGUCUUUGCAAACAAACAGGACCUCAAGGAUGCCAUGUCCCCUGCUGAGAUCACUGAUAACCUUUCUCUUCACAGCAUCAAGAACCACGACUGGCAUAUUCAAGCAUGCAGUGCCCUAACGGGUGAUGGUUUGUAUGAUGGAUUGGGAUGGAUAGCCCAGCACGUCACCGGCAAAGCUACUAGUUAAAGCAGAAACUUUGGCAAGUAUUUUCAUUCAUGUACUUGGCAAAAACUGAAAAAAGCUUAUUCUGUAUCACUCAUCCAUAUGGAUUUCUUGUGAAAGAACAACUUGUAUUUUCAUUUUGAUUUUAUGGAAAAAAUUCUUCAUCUUUGUGCAUAAA